UUGUGUCAUUUGUUGUUGUUCUAGAGCGCACGCACGCCAGUUCCGCUGCAGUUUUCGGGGGGUGAUAAGCGUGAUUACGGGAGUCAGAAGUGCGAAUCAAUCGUUUCCCCACGCGAAACAGUGCCACUGCUGCAGGGAUAUCGAAAUACCUGGCUCGUGCUAGAGUGAAGCGAAAAAGAAGCGAAAGUGAUACGAAACCGAAGUGAGUGUGAAUUUAUUCACGAAAAAAGCGAAACGUCGAAAUCAAAAGCAGCGCACACACGCACUCGGGCCCGCACUGAUAAGCGUGUGCGGUGAAUCUUUGGCAGAGUGUAACAAAUUUACCUUCCCCCGCGGUGCGCACCAGCUUCCGUGUCUGAUUGUUUCCGCCAGGUGAAGAAGCAAAAAAGCAGCAGCAGCAACCGCAAACGCAAUGUGUGCGAACGUGUCGUGUGUUGUGCGCGCUGCCAGCAUGAUGUCACAGUGUGCUACGCUGUGCAGUGCCCCACGGAUGCCACCGCGGCUUAGUCACCGGAUAGGUGGGAUGGCUGGUGCUUCCAUAUCCUUCCACAGCACGGCCCAGCAGCAGCAGCACCGGGUCACCCAACACCAGCCAGCGCGAGUCGCCGCCCGAACUGGAUACAACCACCACCUCCAACGGCAGCCCGUGAUGGCGCGGGUGUACUUCUUUCCGGGAGGUGGCCCGGUGCGGUCCUACACCCAGGCCGCCUCGACCCUCACCCGGGAGCAGCUGCACGAUCUGGUGUACAGGUUAAACGAAGAUGAAAGAGAAUUGCUCAUGAACACGCUCAAGCAAUUCGAAUCCAACAAAGUGAAGGCAAAGUUUGAAGGGCAGUUGGCAGCAACCGUUUGGCGAAGUAGAUUCGGCCGUCCAGCAAAGCUAAAGCCGGUCCUGGGUGAUGUAGAUCCGACCGGUUCCUACUGCGCGGUGCCGGAAGAUUGGCUGCAAAAGAAGUUCGCCGAAACAGUGCCAGUACCACCGACUUCGGACCUCAUGAAACUUGGAUUGGUGAACGCCCUCCCAUUCAUUGGAUUUGGUUUCCUUGACAACUUUACCAUGAUCAUUGCGGGCGACUACAUCGAGCACACGCUCGGGCUGUUCAUGUGCAUAUCGACGAUGGCGGCGGCAGCACUGGGGAACACCAUCAGCGACGUAAUCGGCAUCGGGUCCGCCUUCUACGUGGAGAAGCUGGCCGAAAUGAGUGGCGUGAAGCCGCCGAAGAUGUCGCCGAUCCAGCUGGAGAUGAAAGCCAGCCGAAGGGCGGCCAAUUUGGGACGAGUGCUGGGUAUUACCAUCGGAUGUCUGCUGGGAAUGUGCCCUCUAUUAUUCAUGAAGGAGGAUAAGGAGAAGGAAAAGGACAAGGAUAAGAACAAGCCGUCGGAAGCAAGUGCGACUGAUGCUGCUGCUGCUGCUGCGGAUGGUGUUGCUAACAUUGUUGCCGUGAAAUAAGCCUCCGUCAGUGUGUAAAAGGUACUGAAUUUGAGCUGCGCUGCUGUUGCUGUGUGUUGUUGUCAGGGAGGCAGACAUUAUGUGGUUUACGGUCAAUUUACGGUGGCGCUUCACACGCGUGUGUGGAGCAACGCAAUCGGAAAUUUAAAUUAGCAAACCUUCCAGCUCGUUCCGACCCAUCUCCCUCCCUAGCGUGGUUCAUAUUUUACGUUGAUUGAUCGAUAACGACCGCGUUUGUUUGAAAUUUCGAAAUCGCUUCGGGCAUUUUACCGACCAACGAAACGAACGAUGAUAGAGCAUCGAGCUCGAUGAGAGAGGAUAGAUUGGCGGUGACACCCUCCCCCAGGGAGCUGGGUGGUGUAGGAAUAUGUAAAUAUUAUCAGUUGAUCGAAUCCAGUACUACCCGAGACACACGACACGCUUCCCCGAAACGACGUGCGAUGUGAUGCGUAUCGCGGAUCAGUGGUACAGGAUUUAUCGUUCCAUCGUUCCACUCUGGGAGAUAAUUGGCACAAGGAUAGAGGAGUUAUUCGAUUAGCCCACUGCACACGAUUGGUGCUACUGUGUUAUUACUAUUGCUAUAUUUAUUAACCAUUACUCUCAACGCAAUAGCCCACAAACGCUUUCCUGUGUACUGUGUUUGUGGCGAGCGAAAACAAUACGACUUAGUGCAACGUGCUUGUGUUUCGGUUAGUGUGUUACGAUUGUGUUUCAGAUUAGUAUCGUUAAGAGAAUGGGAAGGAGCAGCAAACUUUGUUAAUGAUUAAUGUUCUAGGCCAACCUGUUACCUACUAGUAGCGGAAUGACUAGUCAAACUAGUCCCUAUCUAUAUAAUGUGUUACUGUCGACGCAAUAGAGGAAAAAACACGCAACAAACGAUAUUACUCCUCGGCUCGGGAUGAGCGUAGUACGUACACGUCCUGCUCGGGUGAACUAUACUAAUAGACGAAUUAAGAAUUCGAUGACACAACACCAACCAGCCAGCCGUGACCCACUCUAGUAGCAUCAGGCUUAGUUUAAGCGCUAUUCGAACAGGAGAACGAGUUUUGUUGCUUGCGAUUGAUUGCGAUUUAAAGAGUAAAACUAUCCACUUCCUUCCCAACUUUCGGCGACGAAUUUCAAAGGAGAGAUGGCGGUUUAUUAACGAGGUUGAGAAAUUACUUCGAAAACAAAACAAAAAAUGCUAUUAAACAAAUUAUUAAUGUCACUUAGGAGUAUGUAGGCGAGAGUGCAGUGUAGUGUAAUUGGGUCCAUUUAAGAACAAAACAAGAAAAAAAGAUGCAGGAAUACUUUUUAUUAGCGAUUAGAGAUAUUUAAACACAUUGGUAUUAGCUUUCCGCUAAAUCCGUGACCAAUUUCUCAAGUAUGUACUAGCAGUAGUAAUAGUAGUAAUAGUAGUAGUAGUGUUAGUAGUAGUAGCAUAGUAAAAGCAGAUAUAAUCAUCGUGUUCGUUGGUGUGAAUGAAAGCUUACCAAAACUCUUCUCUUUGCGCCAUUUUGCGGUAAGCAAUAGAUUACAAUAUACCUCAUUAAUUUCGCAUACAAGUAUUUACUUACCACACAUGCUGUGCCGCCGCCGCCGCCGCCCUCCUGUGUGGCACGCUAAGGUGAAACGCUUUCGCGGAAAAACUUUCACUGAAACCCGUAAGAAUGAGUUGGCACAUUGGCAAACGUUUCGCUUUGCAAUGUUUUUUUUUGUGUUUUGUGCCACGCAGUAAUAAGCAGCAUGGUUUAAGCAUGUACCAAGUGGCCGAGAUUCCAUUCACACCUUUUUUUUUUGCCUGCGCGGAGUAAAAACAAUAGAAGCAAGUUUCUCGUUCCAUUUCAUUUUUUGCCUUGUUUGCCUUUGCCUUAUUGCCAACAAAAAAACACCUUACGAAACAAAACGAUUCGGAACCAAGUUCUUCCACACACAUACACAUUCCUUAUUCAGCGCGCGGAUAUUUUUGACUAAGCAAAAGAAGGAGCUGUCGAAAAAGGCGGCGCGCCCCCCAAAUGCUCCAUAUAAAUCCCUCCAUGUUAAGCACAAUAAUAUUCUAAACAUGAUAUUUCUACUACCCCAAAACCUACACCUCGGCCUUACACCUUUACCUAUCUACUAAUUAUUCGAAGAAGAAGAAGAGGAAGAAGAAAACAAAAA